AUGAGGGAAAUUGUUCACAUUCAAGCCGGACAGUGCGGUAAUCAAAUUGGUGCCAAGUUUUGGGAAAUAAUUUCUGAUGAACAUGGUAUCGACCCAACUGGAGCAUACCACGGAAAUUCCGAUUUACAAUUGGAAAGAAUCAAUGUUUAUUACAAUGAAGCAUCAGGAGGCAAAUAUGUACCCAGAGCCAUCUUAGUUGAUUUAGAACCUGGCACUAUGGACUCUGUCCGUAGUGGACCUUUCGGCCAAAUUUUCCGACCUGACAACUUUGUUUUUGGGCAAUCUGGGGCAGGAAACAAUUGGGCUAAGGGACAUUAUACAGAAGGAGCGGAAUUGGUAGAUUCCGUUCUUGAUGUUGUCAGAAAAGAAGCAGAAAGUUGUGAUUGUCUUCAGGGAUUUCAACUUACACAUUCUUUGGGAGGAGGCACCGGGUCCGGUAUGGGUACCUUACUCAUUUCCAAAAUAAGAGAAGAAUAUCCCGACAGAAUUAUGAACACAUAUUCCGUUGUACCAUCGCCAAAAGUUUCUGAUACUGUGGUAGAACCAUACAAUGCAACCCUCUCUGUUCAUCAACUUGUCGAAAACACCGAUGAAACUUACUGCAUUGACAACGAAGCUCUCUACGACAUUUGUUUUAGAACAUUGAAACUUACUACCCCCACUUACGGAGAUUUGAACCAUUUGGUAUCUCUUACAAUGUCCGGUGUCACAACAUGUCUUAGAUUUCCUGGUCAAUUAAACGCUGACUUGAGGAAACUCGCAGUCAACAUGGUCCCAUUCCCACGUUUACAUUUCUUCAUGCCUGGAUUUGCUCCAUUGACAUCUAGAGGUUCUCAACAAUACAGAGCUUUAACUGUUCCAGAACUGACUCAACAAAUGUUUGAUGCUAAAAAUAUGAUGGCUGCUUGUGAUCCUCGUCAUGGACGAUACCUUACGGUUGCUGCUGUUUUCCGUGGAAGAAUGUCUAUGAAAGAAGUUGACGAACAAAUGUUGAACAUCCAAAACAAAAAUUCAUCCUACUUUGUUGAAUGGAUUCCAAAUAACGUUAAGACUGCUGUUUGUGACAUUCCACCUAGAGGAUUAAAAAUGUCUGCCACUUUCAUUGGAAACUCAACUGCCAUUCAAGAGCUUUUCAAACGAAUUUCCGAGCAAUUCACUGCUAUGUUUAGACGUAAAGCUUUCUUGCAUUGGUACACUGGAGAAGGUAUGGACGAAAUGGAAUUUACCGAAGCUGAAUCUAACAUGAACGAUCUUGUAUCUGAAUACCAACAAUACCAAGAAGCCACCGCUGAUGAAGAUGCCGAAUUCGAUGAAGAACAAGAAGAAGUAGUCGACGAAAACUAA